CAUGAAUCUAUCGUUUCUACAUGUUUUGUGCAGCUUCUUGACCAACACUGUCGUUAUAUCAUUGUUUUGGCUGUUUCUUAAAAUGUUGCGACAAUUUAUAAUAUCUACAGUAGGCCGUCGCCAGCCACUACUUAUGAUCUCGCAAAGUCGACUCGCUAGCAAUUUGGAUAAAACUGAGUACACGACACCAGGGGAAAUUGUGGACUUCGAUGAUCCUCCGCAUUUGCCAGUUCCGGAAUAUCCUGUCCGUCCGGAUGAGCCACUGGAGGCUCGCAAGCAGCGCCUUUUGUAUCAGAGCCGAAAACGCGGAAUGCUGGAAAACGAUCUCUUGCUGAGCACUUUUGUGGCUAAGCAUUUGAAGGACUUUAAUGCGGAACAGACAGCCGAGUACGAUCAGUUAAUAAAUGGAGUCAGCAAUGAUUGGGAUAUAUUUUACUGGGCCACCGACACCAAGCCCACGCCCCCUCAAUUCGAUACAGAAAUAAUGCGUCUGCUAAAGGAGCACGUCAAAAACCAUGAAAAAGUUCAAAGGAUUAGACAGCCGGACUUGUAAACUUUAUAAACUAAAUUACAUAUAAGCUUAAAAAUGAAUGUAUUAAAAAAUGGGUUAUUUUCUUCCCGAACCUUUAAUUUUCCUAUUGAUUGAACAUGCAUUUUACCUAAGCAGAACAUACUGGUAUUUCAAAACGAUCAGAUUUAUGGAAUAAUAAAUAUUACUGUUGCAAGUAAUAGUGUAAUUUAAA